UGAAAUCUGAGAAUAUUGAAGUUAGAGAUAGACUCACGAAAGUGGAACAGAGGCAGAGGAGAAAGAGAUGGAUAGUUUCUUGCUUGAGGCUCAUAAGAAAAUCGUUAGUAGUGAAAUAAAGCAACGCAAUAAGGAAAAGAAACUUAGCAAAGCAGAGCAAGCAUCUCUUAACCAAGAUCAAGAAUCUGACACCGGGUGCUCCACUUCUGAAAAGAUACUGGAGGUAUUUAAUCCCGUGACUAAAAUUUCAGCCGGGGCCCCCGGCCAAAAUAGCCAUAGGAAGAAAGGUGCAGAAAAUAUCGUACAAUUGAUAGCUGAUGGUAUUAAGGAUGAUGCCCAAUCGAGUGAUAAAGCCAUUCCUUGCGAUGUGAUUUCAAUUGAGAGUCUCAACCAAAAUUCAUCUACAGAUUCAUUGCUUUCUCUAGCACAAUUAUUCGAUAAAGCGGAUGAUGCUGAAUAUGGCGCAAUUCGUGCUAAUCAGGAAGAGAUUUUGCGCUGGUAUUAUUAUGGAAAGGAAUUUUUAACUCAGGUUAGUGUGAUUGUACAAGAUGGAAAAGGCAAAAUAGGUGAAAAAAAGGCAAAGGGAAUAAUCUAUGAUAAAAUGUUGGAACACCUAUCCAUGUUGCGAAAGCAACGAUCUGAAGAGACAGGAUUGCGCCUCCCAGAAAUCUCCCGUAAAAACUUACAAAGGAAAACUCAGAAAGCUGUAAAGAUAUAUAUAAUAUUUGAAAAGAUAAUUUCUCCGAGCAUAAUGAUAACGAUAACGAUAACACCGAUGUGGAAGAAGUACCCAUGGGGAUUUCAGCCGGGGGCCCCGGCCAAAAUUCAGCUGAGCCGAGGCAGAGAAUCUUGUCGACUAUGAUGAGGUAUAUUAUGAUGAUGAUACGUAUUUUGAUGAUCCCAUGCCUUCGUCAAUGGAGAAAGGAAUUAAUGAAGUUCAGACAGACGAUGAUAGUAAUUGUAGCCACGACAAUGAUUCCGAAGAAGAGGUGCCAGAUGAAUCGGAUGAUGACGGAUAUAAUAGAUAUGAUGGAUACGAUGAAUGGGGUAAUUGUGACAGAGGCUAUUAUUAUCGUGACAGAAGACGUGAAAGGAAAACCUCUCCAAUGAUGAGUCCUAUUAUUUCACCGAUAUCAUGUAAACGUCAUCCCU